AGAGAAGAGGACUGACAGUAUCUGCAGAGGCGGCACAGAGUGGGACUGCUGCAGGGGGCAAAGAUGGACGCAGACUAUUUCACCACCGAGAAUCCACUGAACGUCACCGAUCUGAAUGACAGCAAUUACUAUUACUAUGAAGAAGAGUCCAGCAGUGUACUAGAGAGUCCUCUGAGCAUCAUGUCUUUAAUUGUCUAUUCACUUGCCUUCCUGCUGGGGGUCACUGGAAAUGGCCUUGUCAUCUGGAUCACUGGAUUCAAGAUGAAGAAGACCGUUAACACCAUUUGGUUCCUGAACUUGGCCAUCGCUGACUUCAUCUUCACCUUCUUCCUUCCCUUGAACAUCAUCUACACGGCCCUGGGCUUCCAUUGGCCAUUUGGUCGGUUCAUGUGCAAAAUGAACACCACCAUAGCCUUUCUCAAUAUGUUUGCUAGCGUCUACCUGUUGGUGGUCAUCAGCAUCGACCGUUGCAUAUCAGUGAUUUACCCAGUGUGGUCACAGAAUCACCGAAGGCCAAGGAUUGCCUCUAUCAUCAGCCUUGUGGUAUGGAUUGUGGCCUUUGUGCUAAGCUCUCCAUACUUUGCGUUUCGAGACACGGCACCAGCCAUGGAUAAUAUUAACAAAACCAACUGCUAUAACAACUUUGCCUUUUCUGAUGACUAUGACUCAGAAGAUAUCGUUUUUCUGAGAAUUAUGCGUCACCAGGCAAUGGUGAUUACUAGGGUCAUCUUAGGCUUUUUUGUUCCCUUCAGCAUCAUCUUGGUCUGCUACACCAUUAUAGGUUUGCGACUGAAGCAAAACCGUCUUGCUAAAACCAGCAAACCCUUUAAAAUCAUUAUUGCUGUCAUUGUCAUUUUCUUCUUAUGCUGGGCCCCCUACCAUAUCUUUGGGUUACUAGAAAUGGUAAUGCACGCAAUGAAGGAGCCCAGUGACAAUAUAAACACUGUCCUCAGGUUUGGCAUUCCUAUUGCCACUAGCCUGGCCUUCUUGAAUAGCUGCCUGAACCCCAUUCUGUAUGUUUUCAUGGGCCAUGACUUCAAGGAGACCGUUAAGAAAUCGAUUCUGUCUGUCCUUGAAACAGCCUUCACAGAGGAGUCCGUGCACUCGACAUCAACUGUCAAUGGCAGGAGUAAAUCGAAAUCCAGCUCAUACGCUGAGCUCUGAAGUAAGAGAACAGUGGAACACUGUGCAUCAGCACACUAAAAUUAAGACAGGUACACGGCAGACCAAAAGGUGUGUAAGGUACAAGGAUCUGUAAGUCCAAGCAGCUGUUAGGACCUGGAGCAUUGGGCUUAAACCCUGCACGUGUUAGGCCAGCCUCGGAGGCAAUGGUUUCCAAAGUGUCCAGACUUGCAGAUCCUGACACCAGCAAGAGGAGCCCAUGCAGUAUCUGCAGAGUAUCCCGUCCCAGAUGAUGGUGUAGACAGAAGGAUUUGUGUGUACGACUUCAGGCUAAACAAAAUUGUCCAACAAUGCAAACUUGCGUCCUGAGAAAGCAUCUACAUAAUUUUAAAACUGUUCACUCUAAAACACUUCACUGUACAUCAUGAGACAAACAGCGAUACAUUAUUCUCCUCAGUAAAAGUAUCUCAAGCAACGACACACAAUUAAGAAGAAAAACAUAAACUCUCUAAGGGCAAUCCCUUUGGGAGGCACCAAGCAAUCCAAUAGCCACCUUAAUUCAAUGUAAUACAGCACUGGACCACCCCUCUGAUGGUCCUCUGACGUCAAUGGCCUAUGGUGGUUAUCAGUUGAGAUUACACUUGUUAUGGGGGAAAGGGGGCAUGACCUGAGAAUAUUAAACCUCUUAUCCUACUAACUUAUAAUUUCAGUUUCAUCUCUAACCUUAGUUUAAGGAGGAUAAGUGGGCAAAGGAGAAAUCUUUGCUUAAUGGUUACCAGUAUCAGUCCUGGGAGCAAGUCUUCUGACCAAAGGUCCAUUCAUGAUAACUAACUCUUAAAUUAGUUUCUGCUCUUUUUUAGAUUAUGUUAUCAAUUAAGAGUAUUGCAUUUUCUAACCUGGAACAUAUCUUUCUUUUUAAAAGUGACAAUUAACAAAGAUAACAUGAAAUGGGGGGUUUGGGACAAUGUAUUGCAAAGAAGCAUUGAGAAUCAUUCAGUGUCACUCACAGUUGUGUCCUCACUGGCAAAUGGCUUCUUGAUAUCUUUGAUUUUGUGAAGUUCAGCCCUGUUGGGGGCAGCAUAGGACCCUGCCGUAUAUUAUAUGGAAAGCAUAUACUCAUGUGUGAUACAUGGAACCCCAUUAUAUAUAUUAUGGGGACAUCAAAGACUUGUGUGUUUUGCAUGGGACCCCUGUAUAUGACGGGGCAGCAUAGACUUGUGUGUUACGCAUGGGACCCCUGUAUUUGACGGGGCAGCAUAGACUUGUGUGUUACGCAUGGGACCCUGCUACUGUAUGUAUUACAGAAAGACUCCUGUGGAGUUUCAGGGACAGCAGGUAUGGCUGAGAAAAGCUCUAACCUGGUGUCCCGAUUCACAAAGAAAUUUACUUUGACUUUAAACUUUCCUUCUAAUGAGACCAUGACAGGCCCCAACAAAGUACUUACAUGCUGUUAUCAAAAAGACCUUUCCAGUCAGUGAGAGACACAGAGAAAUAGACAGAGAAUUUGGAAUCAAGAGGAACAUGGUGGACAGAGUUCAAAUGGCGGCAGAAGGAAAGAAACCGAGGGAGUAUAAAAGGGUGUGGUGCAUUGAUGCUAAGUGAAGUAGGCCCUCCAAAGGUUAGUAAGAGACACUCAGAGGCCCAUAAGAUCACAGAUUAUUUUAUUCUUUUGUAUUUUGUGUUUGCUCCUAAUGUAUUGACUCUUCCUUGUAUGCCUUAUUUUUUGUAAUAAAACCACUCUGUAUAUAGUG